AGCUUCAGUCAAGGAAAAGAGAAGGGAGAGAAGCUUUUACCACCCUUUCUGCUCAGCUGGAUCCCAUCCAACACUUGCUCAUCAAAAUAACCCAAUGAGAUACGACAACAAAAAUGUCCUCACUUAUCACCACCCAAAUCCUCCUUGCCAGCUGUUUGUGGUGCAGCUUGACCUUGGCCUUGGCCCCACCGAAACGUUCUCCUCAAACAGACAUCUUGAGCACAAGGUCCAAACCACCCGCGCUUCAAUCAUCAUGGAACAUUAUGGGCGCUCUCUUUCCCUGCGUUUUGAUCAUCAUUGCCGUCUACUUCCUUGCCGAACGCUGCUACGUACGGGUAAAUCGUGGCUUUGACCAGGUCGAAGCUCCCCAAUGGACCUCGGCAAACUUGGGUGAAGACGGCCCUGACUACCAAGUCAUGUGGUUAUCAAAUUUCCUGGGUGUGAUGGUGACCCGUGAUAGGGAGAUUGUCGGUAUGGCUCGUCGGCAACCCCCCGAAGAACAAAGUUCGUUAGGGAUAAGCGUCACCUCCACCUCGUCAGCUUCAUCAAAUGCGGUACCAGUACCCCCGACGGUGUAUGCCUGGUGAUGGCGAGCUUCAGCCGGAGUCGAACCGAGGUGGAGAGAGCAAGGGGGUGAUACCCGAUAUUAUUCAUAGUGUGGAUGGCAGGCCAACAACGUCAUCUGCACUAUGACGGAAGCAUUGGGUUCUUCGCCUGUUACAGUCUACCAGAUACGCGAAGUUGGUCAAUUCCACAAUCUGGGGCCAACAGCAACUCUUCA